AUGCGACUCCUAAUCACAUGCACUUGGCUCAUCAUAGGACUCCACUGCAGUGAUUCCAGGUGGUUGAAAAAGUACGAGGAGAACUACCAUCGUCCCACUUACCGUAAUGGUCGCCAUUCCCAUCUAAAUCACGUAAACUACGAUCGCAAGGCUCUCGAGGAUCGGGACAAUCCGCCACCGUUGCAAACUCGCGUCGAGAGGCCCUUCAAUGCGAGUACGGAUUUUACCUACUACGUGAACGUCCUGAGCGAGGGCUCCGUGAUCUGUGCGGGGGCCCUGAUCUCGCACAGGAUGGUCAUCACGUCGACGCACUGCUUCCAGGCACCGGGACAUGAUGCCUCCUACGAGUUCACGGCCAAACACAUGAGCAUACUGACUGGAAUUGAGUUCAGCCCGGAGCCGAUUCCGCACCAGGUGCUGGCGUUCUUCAUGCCGGUGAACCGGCGUGAUGAAUUCACCAACUAUGUGGCUCUGCUCGCCCUGUCCAACAAGCUGGAUCGGCAUAGGUUCCGCUACAUACCGCUCAACCGCAAGAUUCCCAAGGAGGGGGAUGUGGUCAAGAUGGCCUUUAUAACCUCACCUCAAUAUGAAGUCACACUCUACGAUACGCGGGUGCUAAACUACUUUCGUUGCCGGGUGUACUACGCCCUGAAGGAGUUCUUCCACGUGUCCACAUUCGAACACGGAUUCUUCUGCGUGCGUAACAGGCGGCACACGAAGAAGACCACCUGCUUCACCCGGCCCGGAGAUCCAUUGGUUGUGGAUAACAAGCUGGCCGGGAUCAAUAUAUACGGAGGGCACUGCGACGAGGAGGACGACUCCGUCAACAUGGACAUAUACCUGCCGAUAAGGCUCGUCAUUCCCUUCAUCCAGAUGGCCACGGACGCACUGAGGGCUUUCACAGGCUCCGGCCCCUUCAACGAAUCGAUUCCUGCCAAUUUUCCACCCAUGCUCCAAUCACUGGCCGACAAGUCCCCCAACGUUUACGUUGGCAGUCAUGUACCCUAUAUUCCCUUCGAUGAUCCCCGAAACGGCGGUCCACAGGUAAAUGAAUUGGAAUAUUCCCAGAAUUAUUAGAUGUUGUAUUUCAAUUUAAGUUUUAUGAGGGAUAUAUUCCUUAAGUCCCAAAAAGGUUUGUCAAAAAUAAAACUCAUAAAACAAAA